AUGCCAGAUAAAUCCAUUGAGACAUUCGACGUUCUAAUGAAGCAGAUAACGGAUCUAGAAACAUCGUUUCAAGUGUCAUUAAAGGCAUUUGAUCAUCUACGGUCACAUCGGGUGAAACUUCAGGAGAAACUGUAUUUGUUUUUGCUCUAUAAAGCAUCACGUGAAGGUCAUUGUCCAAGGGUGUGGCAAGUGUAUCAUGAAUUCAUACAGGAUGAAAGAAACGGUCUUGUCAAGAUGAAACCAAGAGCUUUAACAACGUGGCCAAGUGUUACAAUUACAAGGAUGCAAAUGCAUCGUUUUGUACUUUGGUCAAUGCUGGAUACAAAUCGCAUCCAUGAAAUGAACAAGUUUUAUCAAAAUCAAGUCAUUGGCAAGUGUAACGUGGCUGGAAUUCAUGAAACAGAUCCAUAUAAUUUCUUAUUACGAGUCGAGUGCACAACAAAAUUGAUGGAUGAAAUGGAUCAAGGACUGCGACAAAGGCUAGAGACGUUGCUUCAUGCCAUGGAACGCUUGAAAUUUCACACGAGUUAUUCGUCUGCUCAUAUGCUCGUAAGGUUGAUUUUGUAUCGUCCCGAGAUAUUUCUUAAUACUGUCACGGACAAAGAGAGUGUUGUGGUUGAUCAAGCUACCAAGUAUACAGCCAAAGCCAUGGGAGAAAUGAUUGUGGAGUACAUAAAUCGUUUUCCGUUUGCGCUCGCACUGGAUCCAAAGCGGCUUUCGAUUGCAGUAAGUGCUGCCGCUGCAGCUGGUCAGUAUGACGCUGCAAAGGUACUGCUGCAGCACGGAGCAACAUAUCACGUGCCGAUUGAUGCAGGGUCGUUCGCGCAUGCUGUGGAGAGUGCCCCAAAUGACGUGAGCCGCUUAGAGAUUGCAGAUCUGUUCAUGCACGCCAAAGAGCACGAGCUUGUUUACACUGUUCAGGACACAGACAGUAGUUGUGUCAACUAUCUUCUUCUCUACGCUAUUCUCGAUGGCAACUUUAAGCACAUGAUGGAACUCUUGCAGGAGAUGCAACUUAAUAACAACAGAGCAAGCCAUCGGACAGUUAGUGAGUUGUUUAAAAGUAUUGCUCAUUUCCGAGCAGAGAUCCAGAGGGCAAACAUCAGAAGCAAUGUCGACAAGAGACUGACCGAGUGUCCGACAAUUUUGAAGCUAUUUGAGAUGUUUCCAAAUGUCAUACCUUACACCACACACUCGCUUUCCCAAGGCAUACUUCAAAGUCUGCAUGCUGGAGACCUGACCGUAGCCCUCGAGCUCAUGCGUACAGCCUUGUGGUGUGAAGGUGUCAAGUUGCGGCCGGAGAUUUACUCUCAACUGCUGUAUCCUCUGCUUGCCGGUGGACACCGAGGUGGCGAUGAAUUUAGCGAUGCCAAUGUGUUUGAUCGUUUACAAGUGGAGCGGUGUUUUGACAAACAGUAUCCGAAGCAGCGUGCGCAUUUGAACGCGUUGAUUAUCAAUAUUUGUCAAGCUAACGAAGAUAUCUCUACGAUGUUCGUGUGUCUGGACCGCUGGCAGGGACAGGGUCAUCCACCGAUGAGUCGACGAGUGAUGCAGCGCGUGUUCGAUGUCAUUUCAAAGCAGAUCCAGCAGCUUCGAAAGCGCAAUAAUGAGACUAGACCUGGUGCUGCUUUCAUCGUGGACGGCUCGAAGCUGUCGUAUGAGGCUCUUUUAGUGCGAUAUCGCCACAUUAUUACAUGGGAUGCCUGGACAUUUGAGCAUGCAAUUGUUCGUGCUCGUACAAGUGGUCUACAUACGGAUGUGAUUGCUUUACUAGCACUAGCCGCCUCGCAUGGUCUAAUGCUCAAUAGCGCUGCCUACAUCGUAUCACUCUGUGUUUUAGAAGAGGUUGGUGAGCCUUCUGCAAUUGUGGCUUGUGCAGAGAGAAUGAAGGUAUAUGGUGUGUGGCAUCCAGCUGUAGCAAAGGAACCAAACGUGCAGAAAAUCUUGGAUCGAGCUAUGGCGAAAGUAUUGGUACAACAAGCGAAAGACAAAGAGCUGUAG